AUGGGUAGUAUAGGAAGUAAUAAAUGGAUAUGUCUUUUAAUCAUAGGUUGUGCAUUAACUGUCGGUGUCAUCGAGGCAGCUGCAGAAACAACGAAACUAACUGCGAAAGAUGCCACGAAAGAUAAACGACAAAUCGAUAGACAAGGUGUGGUUACGAUCGGAGGCUCGGCGAGCAAUUCGCCACCCCGCUUCUAUAACAGUCAUGCGGGACCCGUGCAACAAGAAGCGCAAGACACGCCGACAUAUGUCACGCCAAGGAACGGGAAAUCAGCGCAUUAUCGAGGACCUCCGCCGCCGCCGCAGCCACAGCAACAAGAGUUACCUGAAGAAUACUUGAAGUUAUUGCAACAAUUGUCGAUUCAGCAAGCUCAACAGCAAUUUGCUCAAGCACCUGUUCGUCAACCUGAAAGAGCUCCAAAUGCCAAGCCAAGACGUAUUCAAGCACAGCGUCCCGUUGAACAGCAAUACUUCAAUGCUCAACCAAGUUUGCAAGCAGAGCCCGGAGUUCAAUACAUCACCGAAGAGGAAUAUCAGAGAUUAUUGGAGAACCAAAAGCAAUACGAAGCAGCUCAGCAAUCGCAGCAUGUGAAUUUCCCGAAUCACAUUCCAGGACCAAUUGCUCCUCAACAAGAAGGAUUAGGAAGUUUCCGAUUGCCUCAAGGAAAAAUUCCUGCAGCUUUCAGCAAAUAUUCGCAAGCCCAACAUCUCUCACGUCCCUUGACUGAUUUCGAUAAGGAACUUGCUUUGUUGGUUGAAUCAAACAAACCUGUUGUUCAUCAAGGUCAACCUUUGCCUCGUCCUUCGUCGCUGAAACAAUCUCAAGUUGUCCAAAUCCCUCAACGUCAUAACGAACCAAUUUACGCUCCUCAGCAUUUGCCUCCUCCGCAAAAUAUUCGUUACGCUGCCCCAGCAAACAUUCAGUAUACUCCUCAAAAACAAACUCAACAACAAUCCCAAAAGCCUCCUCGCUUUGAAAGCCCGGCACAUCGUUAUCAAUUAUUGUCUUAUGCUCCUCAGCAACAGCAAGCUCAAUCUCAAGUGCCUCAACAACCAAUUCGUCCCGAUUUCGCAGAUCCUCAAAUCCAAUUCUAUUUCCCCAAAGAGAAAGACAUUCAAACGCAGCAUCAACCGCAAUAUCAAGAAGUGCCUCAGCAUCUGUUAUACGAAACACAAGGCGUCAUGAAGGUUGUUGAUCCUCCGCAAUUGCAAUAUCAACCGCAAGAACCCCAGCAACAUCGACCUUCGUCGAAAUAUCAAUCCGCAAAGAAACCACAGCAAGCUGCUUUGCAAUCAAGUCAAUCUGUGCAACAAGAAACACAACGACCCAGCAAUACGCCAACGAGAUCUCAAAUCUAUGUCUCACGUACGACGCAAGGACCUCCAAUUCCGAAUCAACCACAGCCCGCUCAACCAACGCCUUCAUCGCAGCAACAGGAGAAACCUAAAUUGCCGCCAUUGAAAAUCGAUCCUAAUCGCCCCUUGACCCAAGAGGAAUUCCAAAAACUCGUCGAUCAGGGAUACAAUGUUGUGCCAGUUCCUGUUCCCGUUCCUUAUCCAGUUCAUAUCAACGUUCCCGAAACUGAACAAGACAGAAAGCAAUCUCAACAACCAGAAGAUCCCCAACCUUCACAAUCACAGAGACAAUACUUCUCACAGUCAAGCCGCCCAAGACAUCAUUCUCCCGCUUACAGAUAUGGGCAACAAACCGCUAGCGGCUCGAGAAACGUUCCAACGUACUUACAGCCCGUUUUGAGUCAAGAUGGCUCGUAUGCAGGAAUUCGCGGUCCAAGCUCUGUCAAAAAUUAA